CCGUCCGCGCACAAUCAUUCGAUUAUCAAAAUUGGCCUCGCCUUGCCGAUCGUAAACAUCAGCGGAAAUAUCCUUCCGACAAACGUGACCGGAAACCGCGUACGUGUAACAGUUCGCGUCCGGCCGUACGAUCUACCCUGCGGUGUCGUCAACGGCACAAAUGUCGUCGCGCUCAGGCUCGACGCUAGGAGGAGGCGGUGGCGGCGGUCUGUCAGCCGGUCACCAUAAGCUGGCCGAAAAGUUGAGCUUGAUCAACGAUCGGGGCGUGGGCAUGCUCACACGGAUCUAUAACAUCAAAAAGGCGUGUGGUGAUGCAAAAUCCAAACCGGCAUUCUUGUCAGACAAGACUUUGGAGUCUGCAAUAAAAUACAUUGUGCGACGGUUUCCCAAUGUAGAUAUCAAAGGCUUGCAGGCUAUAACACCUAUACGUAAUGACAUCAUCAAGUCCUUAUCAUUGUACUAUUACACGUUUGUAGACCUACUUGAUUUUAAGGAUCAAGUUUGUGAACUACUAACCACCAUGGAUGCAUGUCAAAUACACCUUGACAUAACUGUCAAUUAUGAGCUGACCCGUGCCUACUUGGACUUGGUUGCUACAUACGUAGCUCUUAUGGUUCUUUUAUCACGAGUUGAAGACCGCAAGGCUGUAUUGGGUUUAUUUAAUGCUGCACAUGAAAUGGUUCACAAUCAGAGUGAUUUGAGCUUCCCACGACUCGGCCAGAUGAUUGUAGACUAUGAACAGCCAGUACGCCGUCUAGCUGAUGAAUUUGUACCACAUACAAAACUUCUAUCUGGAGCAUUGCGUUCUCUUUGGCCUGUGUAUGUACAACGCAACCUUACAGCAGAUAAGUGGAGGUCUGAUCAAAAACUUAGCCUUGUAGGAAAUCCUGCGCAGCUGUUGAAACCUUCUGCCACUGAUACAGUAUCAUGCGAGUAUCUUUCUUUAGAAACCAUGGAGCGUUGGAUCAUAUUUGGAUUUUUACUUUGUCAUCAAAAUUUACAACCUCAACCACCUAAUCAACAGCAACAUAACCCAGAUGGAAAUGUGGCCCAUAAGUUAUGGAUAGCUGCACUUGAGUCAAACUAUUCCAUAGCUUUGUUUAGAGAUGAAACAGUGCCUAUUCACUCAUUUGUCCAAUCAUUUUUUGAGACACUCAAAGGCUAUAGCAAAAAAGUUUCUGAAGUAAAAGAAGCACAUACACAUGCUACACAAAAAGCCGUUUACCGACAUCGUGAACGCCGUAAAUACCUUCGUACUGCCCUUAAAGAAUUGGCAAUGAUACUAACUGAUCAGCCUGGAUUACUUGGCCCAAAAGUUUUACUUGUAUUUAUUGGCUUGAGUCUGGCUCGAGAUGAAGUAUGCUGGUUGUUGCGGCAUGGUGCCCCUAAUUCUGGUGGAGGAAACAACCAAAAGAAUGCUGGAACGGGAACAGGAGGAACUGGUAAAUCUAGUGGAAAAUCAUCGGGUGUAGAAGAUCUGCUGGUUGACAGGCAAUUACCUGAAUUGCUGUUUCACAUGGAAGAACUCCGGAUGUUGGUACGCAAAUAUAGCCAAGUAGUACAACGCUAUUACGUUCAGUACCUAGUUGGAUUUGACGCUAUCCAAUUAGCACAGUCUAUUCAAUCUGUUUACGGCAAUCAGCAAGAUCAACAACAUUAUCAGCAAGAUCCUACUUUUGUGAUCCUUCAAUCAAUUGUGCAUACAAUAUCUGCACUGUCAGUUAAGCAAGUGGAAGACAAUGAACUGUUUGAUUUGCGUGCAUUGCGUCUCGACUGGUUUCGCGUUCAAGCAUACUGCUCUUCAGCGGGAUCUGGUGGAGUUGGUGGCGGGUACAACAGCAACAACUCAAAACUAAAUCUUUUUGAUCACCGACAGUUGGCUUCUCAGCUUGACACUGCUGCUCAUCAUACGCGAAUGGUUGACUACUUGGAUGAAAUGCUUGUUGAUACUUCUGAUUUGUCACUGUUUUGUUUUUACAACAAAACAUUUGAAGAUCAGUUUCAUAUGUGCCUUGAGUUUCCUGCCCAGAACCGAUACAUCAUAGCAUUCCCACUGGUUUGUGGUCAUUUUCAGUCGUGUGCUCAUGAGUUAUGUCCCGAAGAGCGCCACCACAUUCGUGAACGCAGUCUGUCAGUCGUCAACAUGUUUCUGGAUGAUAUGGCUAAGGAAGCUAAAAAUAUUCUUACAACCGUAUGUGAUGAACAGUGUACUAUGAGUGACCGGUUACUGCCUAAACAUUGCGCCCUACUAAUUGCACAGGCAGUAAAUAGAAAGAAAAAAGAUAAAUCCACAACUAAUAGCAAAGGAAAAAAUGCAGGAACUUCUAUGUUACUUGGUGGAGCAGGUGAUGAUAAUGACCGACCUGGAUCAGAAAGUUACAGGAAGACACGUGAAGAACUUACCACAAUGGAUAAACUGCACAUGGCUCUUACUGAACUGUGUUAUGCAUUAAAUUAUUGUGCAACAAUAAAUGUGUGGGAGUAUACGUUCGCACCACGUGAGUACUUACACCAACACUUGGAAACUCGAUUUGGCCGAGCCUUGGUAGGCAUGGCUAUGUUUAAUGCUGAUACAGGUGACAUUGCUAAACCUUCUGAGUUACUGGCUAGUGUUCGAGCCUAUAUGAGCGUUCUGCAAACUGUUGAAAAUUAUGUUCACAUUGACGUAACGAGAGUAUUCAACAAUGCACUACUACAACAAACACAGCAUGCUGAUAGUCAUGGUGAUAAGACAAUUGCUUCAUCCUACACCCAAUGGUACUCGGAAGUUUUAUUACGUCGAGUAAGUGCCGGCAAUAUUUGUUACUCACCAAAUCAGCGUGCAUUUGUUAGCCUUACAGCAGAUGGAGCUGUCCCAUUCAAUGCGGAAGAAUUCAGUGACAUUGGCGAAUUACGGGCACUUGCUGAACUUGUGGGUCCCUAUGGAAUGAAAUUGCUCAAUGAAACUCUCACGUGGCACGUUGCUAGUCAGGUGCAAGAACUCAAAAAACUGGUUGCUGCUAAUCGAGAUGUUUUAUUAGCUUUACGCACAAAUUUUGAUAAGCCUGAUGUAAUGAAGACUGAAUUCAAAAAAUUACAACAUGUGGAUAAUGUUUUACAACGUAUGACAAUUGUUGGUGUGAUCUUGAGUUUUCGACAGCUAGCCCAAUCAGCACUUCGUGAUGUUCUUGAAGACCGUGUACCAUUUUUAUUGGCUAGCAUUCAGGACUACCAUCAGCAGCACCAGCUUCGCAUUGGAGGUGUAAUUGGUAAUGGUGGAGUCAAUGGAGUUAGUGGAGUAGGAAUAGGAGCUAGUGGAAUAAAUGGAGUGAGUGCAACCGCUGAUACUAUGCUUGUCAGUGAAAUGGCCUCAGCUGCAGGUUUAGAAUGUGCUGUAGACCCUGCAUUAGCAGCAGCACUACGAAACCAAAAGACUGCUGAUGAACACGAUGAACACUUAACUGCAUGUCUGUUGAUGGUUUUUGUUGCUGUUUCUGUACCCAAGUUGGCUCGAUCUGAGCAUUCAUUUUAUCGAGCCUCCCUUGAAGGACAUGCCAAUAAUGUACAUUGUGUGGCAGCUGCGGUAAAUGCUGUGUUUGGAGCGCUUUUCACAGUAUGCUCUGCAGGUGCCGUGCCAGCAGCUGGUGCUGGAGCUGAUCCUAAUUCAGCAGCUGGAGUAGGAAGUGAUAUUGAGGAUCGCAUGAAAGAAUUUCUUGCACUUGCUUCAUCUAGUCUGCUACGUCUUGGUCAAGAAGCAGACCGUGAUACAGUUCGCAACCGUGAAUCCGUGUACCUUUUGUUGGAUCAGAUUGUACAGGAGUCACCCUUUCUUACCAUGGAUCUUCUUGAGUCAUGUUUUCCAUAUGCCCUGAUUAGGAACGCAUAUCAUGCUGUAUACAAGAUUGAGCAUCAUCAACAUGGGGGCCAUUCUUCAUCAUCAUCUCAUCAAAUAUAACGUGAACAGUUGAUUCUCUGAGUAGAGUCAACUCUUAUAUUAAAUAUUAUCUUUUUUGUUUAUUACUAUUUUAACUAUCAUAAUUUAUCUUACAUUUUUAUAAAAAUGUCAUAAAUUAUUAUAAUGGUAGUAUAAACAAACAUCAAUCGUUUACACUUUUUUUUUUUUUUUAC